ACGACGUCGUUUUGAAACUUUACGGAGGGUGGAGGCAAUUUAAAUAGACCGACACGACAUUUUGGAAGAAAUAAAUACUGAUUGUUGGUCAGUUGGAGGAGAACAAAAUGGGUCAACAGACAGAAAAAGAUGAACAAGAAUCAAUUCAAAACCCAAACCCAAACCCAAACCCAAAUCCAAAUCGCAUAACACAAACUCAAUUUCUCUCCUGGAAGCGUCAAAAGGACGAUGAUGCAUCUGCUAUAAAGGCUGAAGUCGCAAGAAAACGUGCAGAAGAUAUAGCUGCAGGGGCAGUGCAAAUGAAUGGUCGUGAACUUUUCUUGCACGAGCCCUGGGUCUUCGACAACUCCCUUUACUGAUGUUAUUUUCCAGUAGAAGUAUCUUCUAAUGUGAAGUUAACAUUUUCUAUUGUCGGAAUUAUAAAUUGGAAUAUUGUUGUUUUCCUUGAGGGGGUCCUGCCCUUUUGCAGAAAACCAGGUGUUGUCGUGAAUUUGACACUACUGCAAUAGUAAUGCUGGUUUAAGAAUUCAAAAA